GUACAGAAAGAUUUCCAGCUAGAUUUAAACUCGAAGGAAGCAAUCGAAUCUACGACUGGCUAACGUUCACGAUGUCGAAGAUCCAAUGUUGACCUCGGUAGUUUCGGUUGAGUGCUGGCGAUCGUCUACGACUUGCUAUGAUGGUAUAGAAGGCCACUGACAGGUGUAUUCGCGCAGCACGAACGAACCCCUCCACUGCAGCGAGAUGCGGAUUCGCGGGGGAGGUGAACAGUUGACUCGUCUCGUCUCCGCAGCCGAUCAUCUGCCCUUCCUCUCGGGCGCGACGCUUCCCAAUCCUACCGCCAGAGGGCAGUGCACCAAGACCUCGGGCGGCGGCGCCGUACUGCCGCCGAACAAUGAGAGAUUCGAUAAAUUUGCGUCGCGCAAGCCGGACAGGUACGAGCGGGCGUCCAACCGUGAGACGGCGGCGCCCCCUACACCCAGGACGGAUCGUCUGACCGAGCGACUAAACAGCACGUCAGCUAGCGCCGCGUCGACUCUCGGCCUCCUCACGAACUCCAUCAGAAGGCUCGCCAACGCCAACUUCUGGCCGGCGACCGCCGCGCCCGCACCGGAGCGUCGAGACGAGGAUAGCCAUCCGAAGGCGGAUCCCAGUCAUGGAGGUCACGGGGAGAGCGCUCCCGGGGAUAGCGUGGAGAGCGUUACGAAGAGAGAUGACGGGAUGACCACCGGGAGCUCUCCGGGUAGCGAUUGCGGGACGGGUGAUAGCGCGGCGAGCGUAGGGGGCGCUGCAGAAGCGGCGGGCGCCGCGCGCUACGUUCCGAGUUCUCCGGAACAUCUAGACGGCGAUCAUGCGUUCGAGAGUGCGUGCGUGAUGCUGGAGAAACCAACCGACUUCGCCGCGAACGCGACGAACGCCGGCGCCCCCACGCCGCGACGAGCGGCGAGCACUAGCUCUCCGAGUGGUGGCGCCACCGUGCAACGAGAUUCCGCUGGCGCCCCGCAGCGGGUCGUGGAGAAGCGCACGGUAGAGGAAGUCGCCGCGAGAGAGGGAGCGUCGACGGGAGGCGAGCAGUCGGACGCGCGAUGGGGCGGGGUUUGGCUGGGGAGCUUGAUGGAAGGGUGGAGCCAGCCGACUGGGGACCACACCCGCGCAAGGGAAACUACUGGGUCGCCUGAUCAACGAGCUAAGGUUCUGCCUAAGCAGGAUGCUACUAGAGUUGCCCAUGCCACGCCCCAGCCUCCCCAGCCGAAGGCCACGACCGGCAUCUGGCAUGCUCUGCGGAGGUUGGGCGAAGAGGUGAAGCGCCCCACGCACGCGUUUCCUGUACCCAAGCUCGAUAUAGAUAACCGGACUCGAGGGCUAGUGAUGGGAAUCAAGAGUGCAGAGAGUGAAACAUCGAAGCUAGUCCGUGUCAGGGAGCUCUGUACACACCUACUCAAACACCCCGAUGCCAGAAACCUCGCGGCUAAGGAGAAGAUCAUUCCCUCCCUCCUACAGAUCGGCGAAACAGCGAGGAUGAGGGAGCAAGACAGCCUGCAGUCGCAGGUGAGGGUGGCGCUAGCGUUGCUGGGUUACGCCACGCCCGUCGGUGGUCCCGGCAUACGCAUUCUCUCGAUCGAUGGAGGAGGCACUAGGGGCCUCGUCUCCAUGGAGAUACUGAAGCAGCUUGAGGAGCGUUGCCGGCGCCCCUUGUAUGAGAUGUUUGACUACGUGUGUGGAGUGAGCACGGGCGCUCUCAUCGCCGCCCUCAUCAUGGUCAACCGCGAGACGCUCGACCACGCCGAGGCGCUCUACAAGGAGGCAAGCCGCACCGUGUUCGCGCGAAACUCCUGGAUAGGUGCGUCGCUCUGCCGUUCGCUUGUUUUAAGCUGUGGCGAGGUCGCGGUGUCGCGCCUCGUAAGGGACAACCUUGGAGAUAUAAACAUGAUUGACUCUGUGCGAAAUCCAGGCACACCCAAGAUGUCGAUCGUGUCGACGGUCGUAAACCGGCCGAUGCUGCGGGCGUUCCUCUUCCGCAACUACAACCUGCCUCCGCGCAUGCAGUCGCACGUCUGCGGCAGCUGCCAGCACAAGCUGUGGGAGGCCGUACAGGCGUCGUCUGCUGCCCCGGGGUACUUCGACGAGGUCAAGGUCGGGUCGAUCAUCCACCAGGAUGGCGGCAUACUCACGAACAACCCGACCGCUCUCGCAAUCCACGAGGCGAAGAUGAUCUGGCCGAACGAGCCGAUCCAGUGCGUGCUGUCGCUAGGCAACGGACGAUACGAACCGCAUCACGAGGGUGAUCAGAACUUCAGCAGUCUGAAGACGAAGGUGACGAAGAUCAUCGACAGUGCUACGGACACCGAGGGUGUGCACAGCACGCUGCAGGAUCUGCUGCCGCCGUCCGUAUACUUCCGCUUCAACCCGUACAUGUCGGACGAAAUCUUCCUGGACGAGAUCCGGCCAGAGAAACUGGACCAGCUGCAGCAGGACGCGCGCAUGUACGUGCGCAAGAACGACUUCAAGCUGCAGAAGGCUGCCUUCCAGCUGAUGCAGGACAAACCCAUGCUGAAGUCGUGCAGGGAUUAUGUGAUGCACAGAGCCACCAUGAUGGGCUACUGAGGGCUUGCAGGAGGCUAUGUGAUGCACAGAGCCACCAUGAUGGGUUACUGAAGGCAUGCAAACUCUGCAGGGAUUUGUUGCAUCUAGCCAGCCGACGUGACAGGGUUUUUAGUGUUUAUUAUAAUGUGUCAAGAGAAAGAGUGUGUCGAGCCGACCUCUGUGAAGUAUGUUUUGGAACUUCGAGAAUGUAUAUAUUGUAUAGUCCUAGUCUGAAAUGAUUGUGAGCGAGGACGAGCGGGAGUAAAGGUUACAGAGGUGAUCUCAACUAGUGAGAAGUUUUGCUGUGACACCCGAUAGCCAUCUUUCUAGUCACGGGCUGAACUGUUCACACAAACAUGUAUAAAGUAUAGAUGCUACAAAGUAUCAAUGAAACUGGUCUUACUCAGCACAUUGAAGAGAUGGGUGGGUCUGUUAAUGUUCGGCCGGAAGUAGAAGGUAUAACUAUGAACUCAUGUAUGCUAAUAUAUAUAUCUAUUAUAUAUAUAUAUAUAUAUAUAUAUAUAUAUAUAUAUAUAUAUAUAUAUAUACCUUUGUAGUGUACAACCGUCGUGUGGCAGAAAUGCCAAGGUUCCCCUGCUUGUCAUCAGUUUUAAUUUGCACUGAAUCAGAUACAUGGGAACUAUUGAAUUUUUACCAUGCCAUUAAGGUUAUAGCAAGGCAUUAAUUUCAAAUUUCAUUAUUCAAUUCAGGCAUAACUGUAUUGGCGAUAUUUGACGUAAUUUCUCGCACUAAGGGAGCAAAAAUUCUCUAUAGAAGCAUGUCGUUAUAAUUAACAGAGCCACACAUCUUAGUUGUUAGUUGCACGCCGCAACCCAUCAAGUAUCUUGUUGUUCCAGCAACUUUUAUUUUGUGCUUUUGAUUCGUGUAUCGCCACCACAGUGUAAUUAAACAUUAGUGUUAUAAUUUUAGGUGAUCAACAGACAACUAUGUUAGUUAGCACUGCUGAAAUAGGUAGUUUGUAAUCGCAUGUGUAAGCUCUUCAGCUAUGUGCCUGAACUGUCAACACUUCGAACUACAGUCUCUAUUAAUUAUUGACACUAGAUGGCGCCACGAUGUCAUCGAUUUUGUAAAGCAGUUAUUGGCUUCCUAGUAUGUCUUGAUCAUGGAUGUUUAGCGAGUGUAUCACGAGUUGUGAUAUAUUUUAAGUCAUGAAAAGCAUUUAAUGAGCCGCUUAUUAUAACCAAUACACCUAUUCGUACGUACGUGUUUAUUUAUUUAUAUUUUUGUAUUAUUUUUUGUUUACUUGGAUGGAUCCGAUGUGCCGUCGCCAUCAUCUAAGGCUCUAAGCUGUGUAAAUAACUGUGUGUGCGUGUGUUGUUAUCGGUGAAGCUUAAAGCGCGUUAAGUUAAUUGUUUCUCUUGAAAUGUUUUUCUGUGAUAAUGAUGAUUGUAUGUCUUAGUGUUUAGACCGCGAUGGAAUGGAAUAGGACGUCUACCUGCUUAACACAUAGCCUUAGAUUCUAUUGCUGUCACAUUGUCAAGAACGCAAUGCCUGCGGAUUAGUGAAACAUGAUUCACUACUUCAUAUGUGAUUCAAUAAAAAAUGUCAGAAGGUUAAUAGA